ACAUCAUAAAUUAGGUCAUGAUGUUUGCUGUCCAGCCACCCGAGUGCCCCUCCCUAAUUCUGGCAUCCACAAACAGACCGUAGCCCCACCCAGUGCUUUCUGAGUUUUAUCCACUUUGCAGUUGCAGGCAGAGGGGACAGGAAGUGUUCAAUUACUUUCACUUAAAGCAACAGAACUAAAACACCCCAGGACACUCAGGUGUUGGUAAGUUGGCCAAGGAUGCCUGACCACAGGACUCCUAGUCCCAAAUGAGGGGACCCCUGAAAUCCUGAAUCUGCAUUACUGAGGAUUGGCCCAGAAUUCUGAAGAGGAAAAGUAACAGAGAGCUCUGAGGUCCACUUUUGCCCCCAUCAACACACUUGAAGCCAUCUGGCCGGUGCUAGCAGAAACUACCCAAGAGCCAGAGGAAAUCGUACCACCCCAUGGAUCUACCACACCAGGAUGAAAAAGGCAAUUGAACCAGCCACUGAGAAGCCACAAAACAAUAAAUCUCCCUCCUCAUGUGAACCUCUAUCAGCUCUAAGAUUUCUGUUCAAGAGAACCGCAGCUAAGUAACUUUCACAUGUCUGAAUUUAGAGCCUUGAAUGCAUUUGCUUUCACUUUCACAAUAGGAUUUCUGAUAAGUAUGAUUUUGCUCUAGAUUUGCAGGCCAGGAAAUCUAUGGGCUUGCAAGGGAUGGCUGGCUCAGCCAUGAGUCUUACUUUCUUACUUAGGCUUCUUUCAGUGACUGGAACCCUGAGUCAAACAAGUCCAUGGGCCAAUAAUACAUGGGUUAAAAUUACAUCAGAUAUUGUUAAAGGACAUAAUCUCUCCAACUGUUGGGUCUGCCAUGACCAACCCACUGGAGGUUCUCAAGAGUACCUCUGGCUAGAAGGGCACCCAGUUAAUGAGUCCAUAUGGCUACAGCACCCCAUAUUUAGAGCCAACAAAUCAUUCCCCAGCCCAGUCCUCCGCAUCCAGCCUAUCCCCAUAGAUAAAGGCGAAUGUGGUACUGGCAUCCCAGGGGGGCCAAAGUGUUUAGUAGUCAGUUCCUUACUUAGAACUUCCAACUUAGACCCUCGGCUGAACUCAACAUGUAGUAAAGAUCAAGAUUGUUAUAACUCAUUCCAACAUAAAGUAUUACCAAUCACCCCUUCUUUAGGAAAAAGGAAAAUAUAUUCCUUCUCUUACUACCCAGGUUGCCAACCUGAUCCUGAUGAAUAUGACUAUUAUGAUGAGUAUGAUCUAGACGGAGAUGAGUGCGCCAGUGCACUCUGGCAAGAUUCUCUCAUACUUGACCCCUUCCACUGGAUCCCACGAAACCACACCCAUUUGGGAGUAGAAAACCACAUGUCUUAUCCUGGGAAACUGUGCCUCAAAAAGGGGCUUAUGUUUCUUGGCCUUGACCCACAGAGUCAUGGGAUUGCCACUCAGUGUCUAGACACUAACACCACACUGGGUAUGUGGACAGUGGGCUAUGUGAUUCCUUCCCCAAAAAAUGUCCACCUUUACUCCAAUCUGUCUACCACAGAAGAGAGCCAAGCCAAGGCUCAUCAGAGAAAUAAGCGAGAAUUAGAGCUAAUUAACCUAGGGGUCUCUCUCCUUGGAGGCUCUCUCAUCAAUCUGACUGGAGAUAUCAUCUAUAAUGCCAUGGUAGCUCAAAACAUUACCAAUGCCAUAGCUGACUUAGCACAAGAGACAGGCCAAGACUUUCAGCUCCUUCAAAAAUCCCUAGACUCACUACCCAAAAUGGUGUUAGAUCAUCGCAUUGCCCUAGACUAUCUCUUAGCAGAGCAAGGAGGGGUUUGUGCCUUAGCUAAUACCUCCUGUUGCUUCUAUGUCAAUACCAUCAGCCAAGUUGAAACUAGCAUUAAAAUCAUUCUUGAUCAUGCCACAUGGCUCAGAAGUGAAGUCAGGGGCCAGCCAGCAGCAGAUAUCUGGAACACAAUGAAACAAGCAAUCCCCAGCUUUACUUGGUUUCUCCCAUUUCUAGGAUCCCUAGUGGCAAUUCUCCUGUUACUCAUAUUCAGGCCCUGUGUACUCAACUGCCUAACAUUCUCUGUAAGCAAGAGAAUUGAGGCCAUUAAGUUGCAGAUGAUUAUAACCCAAGGUUAUGAACAAUUGGGCCUUCAGGCUGCUGACAACCAAAUGGACCUUAAAGUAGCUAGGGAAAAUUUCUGCUCCUCUUCUGGGCCCCAUGACGACAUCCAUGUUCAGCAGGAAGCAACUACAGAAGCCAGAACUCCUGCCCUCAAUGUCCCUCAAGAAUGAGGAGCAGUAUAUAGACAGAGAGAGGAAUUGUUACCAGGAUGAAGUAUCAACCAUAGAUUAGCACUCAAAAGAAUUUCCACCUAACCUUUGUCUGAGCUAUGCUUGCUUUCAGAAAUCAAGUGCAGGAAGCCAGUAACCACAAGAGCAGCCCAAUCAACCACAGAUGGGUACUGUGUGCAGAAGUGCCGAGUGCAAAUGGAAAGUCCUGAAGUGCUGAGUGCAGACAGAAAAUCCCAAAGUGCUGAGGGCAAAUGGAAAGCACCAAGAGUCAAACGCAGAUGAUGCCAAGACAUGCCCCCUCAUCCCCUGUAAAAGAAUCUCACUUACCUCCCUUUGGGGAGAAGGUGACUUUAGGACAUGAGUCCACCCUUCUCCAUUCUCUGGCCAAAGAAUAAAGUUCUGCUUUGCUUCACAAAA